AUGACAAAGAAAACGGAGUAUUGUUGGUCAGUCAAUGGAUCAAGCUUUGGAAAAUGGAUGAAAACUAAAGAAGAAGCGAUCCAGGAUUUUUAUAAACGCCAUAGAAUAUUUAGUCCCAGAUACCAAAAAAGAGUGUGGUUGGUAAAAAGAGUGGAAUUGGAUCCUGAAGAUUAUGACACCAGAGAGGACCAAUACUGUCUGAAGAGAAAAAAUGGUUAUUUAUUUUAUCAAAGAUACAAAUGGGCUUUGGUGAACCAUUACCGGAAAUGUAAACCCCAUGUGCUUUCUUUUCACUUCCGGCACAUUGACGGCACAAUGGCUGAAAACUGGGAUGAACCUGCUCCAGUAGUGGAAUUGCCAGAGAUCAAACUCUUUGGUAAAUGGUCAUCAGAUGAUGUCCAAGUCAGUGACAUCAGUUUAACAGAUUAUAUUGCUGUCAAAGAGAAGUAUGCAAAAUAUUUGCCCCACUCUGCGGGACGAUACCAAGUUAAGAGAUUCAGAAAAUCUCAGUGCCCAAUUGUUGAACGCCUGACAUGUUCACUCAUGAUGCACGGAAGGAACAAUGGAAAGAAACUAUUGACGGCUCGUAUUGUCAAACACGCCUUCGAAAUCAUCCACUUACUCACAGGAGAGAACCCCCUGCAAGUGUUGGUGAAUGCCAUCAUUAACAGCGGUCCUCGUGAAGACUCCACGCGUAUUGGUCGUGCUGGUACUGUCCGACGUCAGGCCGUGGAUGUGUCGCCACUCCGACGUGUGAACCAGGCUAUCUGGCUUCUCUGUACUGGGGCUCGCGAGGCCUCGUUCAGGAACAUC